AUGGCUGCCCCAGCGUUCCUCGUCCGUGUCUUGCUAGCCAUGGUACAGAAUGUGCCAAUGGUUGGUGGUGAGUUAGAUGAGGCCACACGUGAACGCAUGCAUCAGCGUGCCGUGUACCUGGAGCGGGAGACAACCCGGCUGCUUCAGGACAUAGAGCAGAUGAGCCAGGAGCAGAGUGGCUUUGUCUGGGAAGCCCUGCUCUUUUCUGCCUUGCGGGACUGGCAGUUCUGGUUGACUGCCUGUGAGCUCAUCGUGAUCUUCGGACUCCAGUGGUGGUUCAGGGAAAGGAGCCAUGAGGCAGACAGCAGCAAUGAGGAGAAUUCCCUUGAAGAUACGAAGGCAGAGGAGAGAGAAAACUACUAUGAAGAUGUGAAUGACCUGGAAGGGAUUUCUGAGGCGCACAUACAGUGCCUGGUGCAGGACAUGGCCAGAGAGCACAUGGAGGCGGAGGACCUGUUGUUCGGCUUCAUCACUACCAUCAAACAGCUCUUGUCAAACAGUUUCUUCCCUGAGCUGCAACGACCCAUCGGGGUGGGCAGUGCCUUUGAAGGUUGGGGUCCUUGUGUGGGUGAUUCAGUCUAUCACUUCCUCUUGCCGCUGAAGGCCCCCCAUGAGUACACGUUCCACCUGGAGCCAGAUACUGCAGGGGAGGUGCCAGCAAGGAACUUCCGUAUCCGUGUGGAGUUACUGUGCACCUGCACAACAGAGCAGCAGGCGGAGAAGAUGCGGUGCUUCCUCCAUCAGCCUGAGGAGGAGCAGAGGGGGAACCAGGACCUACACACCCUUUGCACCUUCCUACACACCCUUUGCACCGGCUCCUACCUGGAUGUGCAGAAAACUGCCAGCUGGUUCAAGGAAAAUUUGAAAGCAGUCUGGAAGGAUUUGCCUCAGUCAGCUCAAAGCCGUCUAACAAUGCUACCCUCCAGCCGCUCCUGCAAAUUCCAGGUAACAAAAGACAACCAGGAAAUCUUCAUAGUUGACGUGGCCUUUGGACUGCAGCAAGGGGACUCGGACAUCUUCCUGAGUAGCCAGGCUACAGAGGCCACCUUCAUGCCAAGCACGACAUGGCCAGAGAGCUACGAGGUGGCAGAGGUAAAGUUCUUCGGGCAUAUGGCCAGGCAGGUUCCACACAACAACUUCCACAUCAAAUGCCUUCAAGCUGGUGCCAGCAUCCUGGUGGGCACAGGCUUCUCCACCUACACCUUGAAGACAGUUGUGAUGCACCUCCUGACCAUCAUACCCCUAUCAGGCCAGUACAAGGAGGAUCACGUGCUGCUGUUGAUGGAUGCCAUGCAGUACCUGUGCUACUGCCUCACAGAGAAACGCCUCAACCACUUCUUCUUUGGCAAUGAGAAUAUGCCCAAGGAGAUUAUCUUGCCCUCACAUUUCCAAAUGGCUGAACCGCUCAACCUCUUUCAGCACCUUGCGCAGGACCCAGAUGCCCACGUCAGGGCGUGGGAUGAAUUCGUGAUGCUAUGGGACAGGCUCAGAAGCGUGCUGAUCUACACAUCCCGGAAGAGGUCUCCAUGCACAGUGUGGGAGUGACACAAAGUCUAUGGAAGAUUAAUUGGGACUAAA